GUUGAGGCUGCAGCCCACAGACGGGUUUCCUGCUGGUCUCACUGAGUAUUUGUCCCAGCGUUUAACGUGGAUGAAGCUAUUCAACGCGGACUUCCAACAUUUAACCCUGCCUGAAUGAACUUCACAUGAGAGUGGAUGGAUCUUCUGACAGGAUUUUAUGCAAUAUGGAGAUGCUCGCCAGUCACUGCUUUGUAUGGAUACUUCUGAAAGGAACCUUUUGUUUGUUGGUUCUUGGGCAACAUCAUCAUGGCAAUUUCACCUUCGACAAGAGAUCAUCACCUGAACUCAACAGAGACCAAGAGCCUUCUUCACAGAAGAACCAGGCAAUUCAAACUAGGAGUCUGAUUCAAAACACCAAACUACCCAUCGGUCCCUUCAUCCCUCUUUCAAAGCAGGGACUUUGGGAAAUACUUGGAGGGAACUCCCAAUCACACUCCAACCCGUCAUUAAAGAUCAAGCUUCGGCCCAUCAUGAAAGUUCAUGGAACUUCUAAAUUCGCCAGGACGUUCAGUUGGGGAGACUUUUACUCAAAUAUCAAGACAGUCAAACUGAAUUUGCUGAUAAUGGGUAAGAUCGUGGAUCACGGGAACGGCUCUCUUGGUGUCUACUUCCGCCACAACUCCACCGGAGUGGGCAACGUCUCCGUCAGCCUUGUCCCACCAAUGAAAGAGGUGGAGUUUGACUUGGAGCGCCAGAGUGUGGUCAACCCCAAAGACUCGAAGACAUUCAACUGCAGGGUGGACUAUGAGAAAACUGAGCGCAACAAGAAGGUGAUUUUGUGUAACUACGACCCAUCAAAGACGUGUGCUCAGGAGCAGACUCAGAGCCACGUCACCUGGAUGUGUUCCAAACCUUUCCAGGUCAUCUGCAUCUACGUUUCCUUCUAUAGCACAGACUAUAGGCUGGUUCAGAAAGUCUGUCCGGACUACAGCUACCAGAAUCCAGCUGCCUACCUGCCCACGGGUUAGACGGAGGUCAAGCCAAAGACGCUGGGGAAUAAUGUUUCAGUAAAUCCACAAAGUGAAAUCCAGUUUGAGCAGCUAUGAGCAGGUGACAGACUGACUGAUGUUUUUGAAGUGAUUCUGAACUGUAGCAUUUCUCUAGAAAAUAUUAUUUUCAAGUCUUACAUUUUAGCAAACACUGUAAAGAACAUGUUUUAGUGCAAUAUAGUGCUUGUUGUAUACUACAAAAGUUGUAUAAGCCAUUUUUUAAAUGAAAUACAGAUAAUUAGUGGUCCAACUAAGGAUUAUUUUGAUUGUAGAGUUUAAAGAAAAACAGAUUAAUUAAUGAAAUGAAAAUCAAUGAAUAAUUUCUGUAACUGUUCAAACUAAAGUUGUGACGAAAACGCCAAAAAUUCUCUGGUUUCAGUUUUUAAAGUGAAAAACUGAAUAUCUUUGGAUUUUUGACUUGUAAAUGAACAAAACUAAAUAUUUGAAAACGUCACACUAAACUCUGGGAAAUUGUGAUGAAUUUUGUCUUUUUUUUUUUAAUUUCGUAGUUAAUCAAAUUAGGUGUAGCCCUAACUGAUUGAUGCAAUGAUCGAUCAUUUGGUUUUAUGAAAUAACUAAGUAACUAAGUUGUGAAAAAGCCUCAGCACAAUCUUCACAUCAUUUGUUUUUGUUUCCAAUCAACAAUCCAAAACCCAAAGAUAUUUACUUUACCAUCACCUGAGACAAAUAAAAACCUGCAAAUACAAGGUAAAGUGUUUUCUUCUCCUCUAAUCCAAACAGACUCUGAAGCUUCAAUAGGCCUAUGUCACAAACAAGUGGUCACUUUCAGAGUUUUUGCUCACUGAAUUUGUUCACAAUGAGUGUUUGAAGCAAAGCUGAAGGGGGAUGUUUAUUCAUUGUUUAUUUCACCUACUAAUCAAACUGAUAGUGGUGUAUCUGAUAUUAAUGUCCAGGUGCUGGCUACUCUCAUCUUAUAGUGCAAACUUCAGUGCAAUAAA